AUGUUUAUACUGGUUUCAUUGUUGAAUCGCAAUAAUCUUCAAGCAGGCUAUCAGGAGCUAAGCGCGUUUAUCACGGACGAUUAUUGGAACCGUCUAAACAAAGAAAGCUCGAUGCGAGAAGCGACGCUCUCGACGGAAUCGAAGGAUACUACGACCAUGGAGGCCAUUAUUUUACACGUUGUUCAUGGUCGUAUCUGCUUUCUGGGGCUUCCGUAUAGCUCUAUUAAGGAGCAAACGAAGCCCAUAGGCCAGUGUGAUGAUGAUCCUGCUUCUUCGAGUCCAACCGUAACGCCGGGCUCCGACUCCAAGGCUAAUGCGUAUGGGUCAUCGAUGAUACGGCCAGCGCACAGCGCUAAGAGUUCAGCAUCGUCCCGUGCUCAAGAGAUUUCCGACAUACACCCAGACUAUAUUUUCCCCCGGUAUUGGGCUCCUGGACGUCGACAGCUCAGUGUGCCCUAA